GGGGGAAGCAUUCCGGCCCCGCAUUGAGCAUUUCCCCGCCAUGUCACUUACAGUACUACAGCCCACGUGCGGACUGCGCGGAUAGGAUAUCGUCGAGAUGCAUCUGCCUCACCCAGACCUGGACAUGUUGCCAUUUGUUGCAAAAUGUUAUGACCCCUACCCAAAAUGCUGCUCGAUGCCAGCCAUGGCAAAGCUCACCGUCGGUGUCAUGGACUGACGAGAAUCUGUCGAACAACCGUCGCAGUACAAUUUCUCCUGUUCGUGUCGAUUUUUGUGUUCGCAUGCGGUUAUGUGAGUGCCAUCGACCGAUCCGGCGCACUGCUCAGCAUGCCCGCUCAAGAACCGCUCGACAGCCAUACCGAGCCCGCACCAGAUGAUCACAAGGAAGAGGAAGUGCAAGAGCCUGAGAAAGAGCAGACGGGAUAUUCUACCUAUAGUUAUACGACUCUACCAGGUUACUUCCUGCAAGAUGACGCGGACACGACACCGGAGACCUUCGAGUUUAUGAAAACGGACUUCGGCCUGGUCCAACGAUCCUACGAUUCGGACGAGGACUUGCCAGACCGCGGGCAGGGCUUGACGGCAUGGCAACGUUUCGAGCACUACAUCCGCUCUCUCAACCAGGCCGCGGAGCAAAAGCGACAUAACGACGAGCCCCAUACGCAGUAUAAACUGCUCUUCCUUGGCCGCCAUGGCAAUGGCUACCACAACAUCGCAGAACGGUAUUAUGGUAGCGAAGCGUGGGACUGCCACUUUUCCGCAUUGGACGGCGACCCGGACGGUGUGAUGAUCUGGGCGGACGCACACCUAUCCAGAGAAGGACGCCGACAAGCCUCGGAAGUACACACAUUCUGGGAAUCACAGCUCACCCAGCAGAAAAUGAGCUUGCCCCAAGCGUACUUUGUAAGUCCCCUUGAUCGCGCCUUAGAGACAGCGGAGAUCACAUUCCGCGGCCUUCUCGAGUCGGCACCGACAGUCGUGGAACGUCUACGCGAAGGUACCGGGAUACACACCUGCGACAGACGCAGCACCGUGUCGUACAUACGAGGGCGAUAUCCAAGCUAUGUCACAACGAGGGACCCGCUGUUGACGGAGACGGAUGAAUUUUGGGAUCCGGAUCUUCGCGAGCCGAACGAUGCAUUGGUGCUCAGGUUACGCAAACUGCUCGAUUCGAUCAUGCAGAGCGGGCAAGGUAGUCAGGCCGAACGAAUCAGUUUCACGAGCCACUCGGGCGCGAUCGGCGCGAUGCUACGUGUACUUGGGCACAGGCCCUUCUCGCUGCCUACGGGCGCAGUCAUACCUGUUCUCGUCAAAGUUGAGAAGAACGAGGCAGUCCUGCAUAAGAGGCAUGGUGGAGAGGCCGAAGGCGCGUCGCAUCCCAAACUUGCUGAGAGUCAUAAGGACGAAUACAAGCAAACCCUGGAGCAACUUGAGGGUCCGGGCCACGGCGAAGCAAAGGCGAACGAUGCCGACGCCACUCCUCAAGAAGCAGAUAUCAAACUCGUGAAUGAUACGAUACAAGUCGAUAAGUCCACUUGGCAGACCAUACCGGCUUGUCCCGCUGAUUUGGACCUCGAAAAUGUCGGUCGUCAGCGCUGGAAUAUGGGAUUGAAAGAAUUUUUGGCUGGGGUGGAGGAUGGGUCCUUUCAGCUUGAAGAGGUGGCUUUUCGUGGAAGGCAUUGACUGACCUUGACCCUUUGGCGGAGAGGGUGAACUGAGUGGUUUGUUAAAAUGACUAUAAAAAAAGUGAAUACGGCAGGUAAGGAUAUAAUAGAAUAUAGGUAGGAAUGCAUAUGUGGUACCAGGGUACUCGUGGAAAAUUGAGCUCCACUUGUCACCGCCUCUUGAGCCCACCUCGCAAACUCGGUCUCUCCGUAAAUUACCAUUUCAC